AUGAAUCUUGCUGAAACUCUCGCACGCGUAGACUUGACCGAUGAAAGGCAGCAGCAACAGCUCUAUCACUGGUUCGAGCAGUGUAAGGACGAUCAGAGUGCGAUUCAAUUCGCCUGCGACGCCUUGACCAAGCGAACUUACGGUGAUAGGGAUCAGGUCGUCUUCUUCCUCUUCCUCGUUCUGGAAGCAGAGGCCAAACGCCUCGACACCACGGAUGCUCUUGUGCCCCUCGAUAGUUUCAAAAUCACCUUGGUAGAAACAUGCAAGUACGCAGCUCUCUGUCCCAACUUCGUCUCCAGCAAGAUCGCUCAAGUGAUGGCUGUUUCCUUCACAAAGCUGUAUCCAAAGCAUUGGCCGGACUUUUUUGAGUGCCUCAUUCAGUGCGGACCGGACAUUCUCCUCUCCACGUUGAUUCAAAUCGACGGGGAAGUAGUCAAUCGGCGAAUUCAUCACACAAAGCGUGAGCUCGACAGAAAUACAAGACUCAAGGAUGAAAUGCGAGUGAAGGAUGUUGGAACGCUAGUGGCGACGUGGAAAGAGAUUCUGGAGAAGGUAGUUGAGAGUAAAUUGUCGUCUGCCAUCGGAUGCAAGUGUUUGGAAGUGGUUGGACAGUACAUUGAAUGGAUUGAUAUCAACUUGGUUGUGAAUGAUGGUUUCAUGGGCAAGAUCUUCGAGCUUCUCAAAAGAGCAGAUCUAGCCGAGUCUGUUUGCGAUUGUUUAGGAGAAAUCGUUCAAAAAGGAAUGCCACCGAAAGAGAAGUGUGUUCUUGUCGAGUCAUUGUACGGCGCGCUAGAAGCGGCCGGACUCUUUGAACUCCAAGACCACGAUGACUUAGAAAGUGUCGCAAAGCUCAUCUGUACAUGUGGAUCGGAGCUCAUGCACCAGAACGAAAAGUUUCUGCGUCUUGACCCGCCGGAUCAGGAGGGCGCGCAUCAGGCGAUGGUCGCCGGUGAGCGGAAAGUCGAGCUCGCUAUUCGACUUCUUGCUCACGAGGAUGACGAAGUCUCUGUUGAGACGUUGGAUUUUCUUCAGACAUAUAUCGGCCGCGCUCGGUCGUCAAACCACAAGAUCCCAGACGAGCUGCUCAAUAGGUGCAUUCGUGCUGUCGUGGCCAAGUCUACAUACUCGUCCGACUACAACUUCGAUCGUCCAGGCCAAGACGAGGCCGAGGCCGACGAGUACAUGACCGAACUCAAACAGCUCUUCGAAAGUUGCUGCCUUCACUCGCCCCAGGCCGUGAUGAUGAUCGUCAAGGAGCGACUAGACGCGCUCAGCCCUCACAUAUCCAUUCCAGAAGCUGAGGUUACGAUCAGACUGCUGUACAACCUCGGCGAAUGUCUUCCAGUCAACAUGGCAGGGAACUCGUUUAAUAAAGACAAUCCCAGUGAGCUCCAGCAACUUGUACAAAUUUUUGUCGGCUCGAGUUCACCCCAGCACCAUGCUGUCGUCAGACUGACACUCGAAACGAUAGUUCGCUACAGCAAGUUCUUCCAGUUCCACGCCGAGCAUCUGGGUCCUGUCUUAGAGUUCAUCGUUACCUCUGGCGGCCUGCUACACUCACACGGGAUGGUGCGAUCCCGCGCUGCUUACCUCUUCUCCAAGCUUGUCAGGGAGCUGCAGCCUGUGAUGCCGACCUUCUCACGUGACCUGCUUCAAAACUUGCAGAAGGUCCUUUUCGAAGGAGACGAGGAAUUUCUUUCCGAAUCGGAUCGUUCGUUCGUCUUUGAAGCCGCUGGAUACUUGGCUGUAUGCGCUCCUGUCAGUGCCGGGGAAAAGGCACAGCUGUUUUCGGAACUUCUUGGUCCUUUGGUUGAGCGAUUCCAGAUCGACGUGUCGAGUUUGGUGGAAACGCCGAUGGAGCCAGAACAGCAGCAGAUCAUUUGCACCCGAGUAAGUCAAUACAUCGCCUGGGCUGGGCGAAUAACAAAGUGCUGGAAAGGUCCCGACGGUGUCAAUGCGUCCAAUGCGCAGCCGAUUUUGGCUGAAACGCUUAAGUACUUCAUGAAAGGAUUGCAAAUUCCAAGCUCGAUCGAGCCGCGUGCCGUCGUCAUGCAAUCUGUGCGAACGUUUUUGCAUAGAAUGCUUAUUUGCAUGGGACAAGACAUCCUCGUCCUCCUGCCGGACGCACUGGCGAUUUUCCUCGAGCGCGUAGAAUACAGAGAGCUUCACGAACUCUUCCCAUUGAUCAACCAAAUCGGCGCAAAAUUCAAGGAGAAGACAGUGCCACUCAUUUCAACACUUCUAUCACGCAUACUUGGCAACACGUUUCAAAUGAUCGAGUCCAACACCGGCGACAGGGAAGAAAUCAAAACGAUAACCAGAGACUUUUACAAUUUCAUCAAUCAAUCUGCAAACAAUAACUUAUUAGCGAUCUUCACCACGGAAGAGAACCAGGGUCACAUUAUGAAAAUGCUUUCCAGUGUCGAGGCUGGGGCGAGAAGUGGCGAUCCUGUUGCGGCAAAGACAUGUUUCACAAUUUUCGCAAAAAUCGCGAAAGAGUGGGGCCAGCAGCCUUGGUUCGGCGACAUCAUCCAGAACCAGAUCAUACCUGCGUGUAUUCUCGGCCCGGCCUCGCCAAACUACGACCUCAAAGACGCACAAACGCAGAUGGCAGUGGCGGAGUCGGCUAUUUGCAUGAAGGCCCUGUACGAAAUGCAUGGUGAAGGAUUGGUCGAGUACUUGCGCAGUACAUACUUGCCAAGUUUGUCGAUUAGUGGUGAUAUUGGCGCAGAGUACUGUGAAGCACUGAUGAAAAAAGAAAUUAAAGCUUUCAAGUGUUACGUUAAGUGUUUCUUUGGCAGAUCACAUCAGCCCUCGUGA